GAUCUCGCUAAGCUGUUAGCUGGUGGCUGCUUCUGUUGCUGUCCCUGUGUGUGUAUGUCUUCAUCUCAAAAUGACAAAAGUGCUGAAAAAUGAAAACACUGACUGUGCUGGUGAUAAGACGAGAGAGGAAAAGGUCAGCAAUUUAUAAUCAGUGACCUGCACAAAAUAAUGUUUUUUCCAAAUAUACUUCACCAAACGUGACACCAACGGGCCGGUAUGGGCCUGUUAAGACUGUUAGCCAAAAUCAUGGGAAGGAUCAGUACGUUCAGGUCCUAUCAGUUUGUUCUCCUCCUCGCUGCCACGCUUGCUGUCGUAGCUUUUUACUACUUUGGCUCAGAGAGACACAACUUCUCCAGCACCACAAAGAGGAUAAAGCAAACGCAGGUCAACAGCAACAGAAACGAUGCCGACCUAACUGUGGACACCAGAAUCACACACCUGGCUGAAUUUGAAGAACAAGGAGGGGAAGAGCGAGCUGAAAGAGGAGGGAGUGAAGAUUUUGUGCUCAGAAAGGGGGAUUUGAAGGCAGGUGAGCAGCAUUACCAUGCUCUCAUGAUGUUUACCAAGGUGGACAGAAGCAAAAGCCUGCAGGAUAAAUUCAGAGUGGCCAUGUUGUCAAUGGUAAACUACGGACGUUUCCUUGAAGGAGAAGUGUUGGUGCUUCAUUUUGUGAGCGACCAGGCAAGUCAAGAACUGGGUCAGCAGAUGCUGCAGGAGUUUCUCCAAGCUGCAUCAUUCAAAUAUGAGAUUUUCUUUCAUGAUGUGGUUGAACUCACACAUGAGCUGUUCCCCAUUGUGGAGGCCAUGCAGAAGCAUUUCAGCGCUGGCUCUGGCGCUUACUACAGUGACUCCAUCUUCUUCCUGUCUGUGGCCAUGCAUCACAUCAUGCCUAAAAAAGAACGCACAGCGACGUUUCAUUGUCCCUAUGGGACAGCACUGCCCCCUAUCGGUGCAGCACGACACACCUUCUGGCAAUAUCGUAAAGAGAACCCGAACACUAGAGUAGGUGAGCCUCCUCCUGAUGGCCUUCCCGGCUUCAACAGUGGUGUGAUGUUAUUGGACCUAAGUGCCAUGAGGGCAUCGUCUCUGUACAACCAACUGUUGAAACCCAACAACGUGGCCAAACUAGCAGACCAGUAUCGCUUCAGAGGCCACCUCGGUGACCAGGACUUCUUUACCAUGAUCGGCAUGGAGCAUCCUGAACUAUUUUACUCCCUGGCCUGCGGCUGGAACCGGCAGCUGUGCACCUGGUGGAGGGACCAUGGAUAUGGAGAUGUGUUUCAGUUGUAUUAUCGUUGUGAUGGACCCGUUUACAUCUACCACGGGAACUGUAAUUCCCCAAUACCAGAAGACUGAGCUCAUACCGAUACCAAAGGGGACAUCUACAAUGUAGGUUAAUGAAAUUAUCUUUGCAGCUUUUUGGGAAGUCAGAACUGGAUUUUAUUGGCUGUUUACCUUAAGGACCACAGACCCUCCUGUCCUCUUACCCCCCUGCUGGCCAAGGGGUUAUUAAAGAGCCAUCCUACACCAGGCUUAUACUGGUCCUCAUUUCAUUUUGUGAAAAGGCAACAUCAUAUCAUAAAUAAUGGGAAUGUAAGAAGGAAGAAGUUUUUGUAUAGAUUUGAUUGGCCUGUGCAGCCACCUUGCUAGAAAUAUUUUUGCAUUUUAUACUUUUUUUUUUUAACCAAUCUAAAUCUGAUUUAAGAUUGUUUAACUUGAGAAACAACUAAUAAUUGAUUCUACCGUAGCACCAGAUUUCCUAACUCAGA